AUGUACCGCCCGGAAACGUUCAACACCUACUUUCAUACCGUCGAGGAAAUUGCAGCACAUGAGAGCACGAAUCAUCUUUCACGUCCAUCAGAAGCACCUUACUCCUUCGAGCGAUGGCUAACCCUGGUUCUUAGAACACGAAACCUCGAUGCAAAAGCUACACAAGUUGUCAAACUUACACGAGCAGAGGCCAGGCUCGUCGUAGCAGCAUCAGGCACCUCGAUCAUCACUGGGGAACACAACCGAGCAUAUCAAGAAGACAUCCAGGAAGAAAUCAUCCCGCAUUUAUCGUCUCUCGACUUCCCUGCCGAAGGUCUCUUCAUGCGUUUGGAUCGUUGUUCACCUAAAGAUGGUCGCCAAGCCGUACCGGGUAGGCUGUCUCUUCACUCCCCAAUGGAUAUAAUUAUUCGCUUGAUCACAUCACAGCGAGCACGUAAUGAAAUAUUGAGGAGUCUUGAAGGGGGGAGUCCGACUGUCGACUUGACCUUUGUUCCAUUCAAUAAACGUAUGGGAAGCGAAAGGGAAUACCGAGUCUACUGUGCACCUGAGACCGGAGCCAUCUCCGCAGUAAGUCAAUACUGUUGGCACAAGCCAUGGCUCUUUGACUGUGAAGAGCACGAAAAUCAGACAAGAGUAGUGGAUCAAAUCUGGGAGGGAAUCCAAACGAUUCACAUAUCAAUCCUACAUGAUCUGGAUCCGGACGACGGGCUGGAUCAGCUGCUUUUAAAGCAAGGGCUGUCGUUCGAUGUGUUUUACGACGAGAUAGACGAAAUAUCCUAA